GCUGCCGCCGCCGCCGCGUCGCGCCGCCGCCGCCGCCGGGGGAGGAUGAGGAGCGCGGGGCGGCGCUGCCGAGGGACUCGAGCCGCAGCCGAGCUCCAGUGACCGACCGACCCGCCCGCCCGCCGGAGCCGGGCGAGGCCGGAGCGGCGCCCCACUGCCCUGGGGCCGGCGAUCGCGGCGGUUGGAUGCCCGGUGCCUAGCGGGGACCCCCGGCCCGGCUCCCCCGGGACAGAGACCCGCGCCCGCCAUGGGAUGCUGCAGCUCGGCCGCACACAGCUCCAAACGAGAGUGGAAGCCUCUGGAGGAUCGCAGCUGCACAGAUAUACCAUGGCUGUUGCUAUUCAUCCUCUUUUGUAUUGGAAUGGGUUUUAUUUGUGGCUUUUCAAUAGCUACUGGAGCAGCUGCGAGAUUGGUUUCAGGAUAUGACAGUUAUGGAAAUAUCUGUGGACAGAAGAAUGUAAAGGUGGAUGGAAUAGUCAAUAGUGGUUUAGACCUCACACAAAAGAAGUAUGUGUUCUUUUUGGAUCCAUGCAACGUAGAUCUGGUACAUCGGAAGAUCAAAUCCAUUGCCCUCUGUGUAGCAGCUUGCCCAAGGAAAGAGCUAAAGACUUUGGCUGAUGUUCAGAAAUUUGCGGUAACUAACGGAUCAAAUUUAUGUAGCUAUGAACUACUGUCAUCUAAGUACACUACAGAUUCACAGCUCUCCUCUAAACUCUGUCCUAAGCUCCCGGUUCCAGAGAGUGCACCUAUUCCAUUCUUCCAUCGCUGUGCUCCUGUGAACAUUUCCUGCUAUGCCAAGUUUGCAGAGGCCCUGAUCACCUUUGUCAGUGACAGUAGUGUCUUACACAGGCUGAUUAGUGGAGUUAUGACCAGCAAAGAGAUUAUAAUGGGACUUUGCUUGUUAUCACUAGUGCUGUCCAUGAUUUUGAUGGUGAUAAUCAGGUACAUUUCAAGAGUACUGGUUUGGAUCUUAACAAUUCUUGUCGUUUUGGGAUCACUUGGAGGCACAGGAGUACUGUGGUGGCUGUAUGCUAAGCAAGCAAAGUUUGUCAAUGAAACUCUUACUGCUGAUCAGCUUCAAGUAGCCAAAGACAAUCUUCAGGCCCUCUUGGUCUAUGCCAUUUCAGCUACUGUCUUCACGGUUAUCUUGUUCUUGAUAAUGUUAAUUAUGCGCAAGCGAGUAGCUCUCACCAUUGCCUUGUUCCACGUGGCUGGCAAAGUUUUCAUUCACCUGCCACUGCUAGUCUUCCAGCCCUUUUGGACUUUCUUUGCCCUCAUCCUGUUUUGGAGCUACUGGAUCAUGGUCCUGCUUUUCCUUGGCACUACAGGUAGCCCUGUCCUAAACGAACAAGGGUUUGUGGAAUUCCGGGUUUUGGGCCCUCUACGAUACAUGUGGUGGUACCAUGUGGUAGGGCUGAUCUGGAUCAGUGAAUUUAUUCUAGCAUGUCAACAGAUGACUGUAGCUGGGGCUGUUGUGACAUACUAUUUCACAAGGGAGAAAAGGAAUCUGCCAUUUACUCCUAUUCUGGCAUCAGUAAAUCGUCUUGUCUGUUACCACCUAGGAACAGUGGCAAAAGGUUCUUUCAUUAUCACAUUAGUGAAGAUUCCACGAAUGAUCCUUAUGUAUAUUCAUUCCCAACUCAAAGGAAAAGAAAAUGCCUGUGCUCGAUGUAUGCUGAAAGCUUGCAUCUGCUGCCUUUGGUGUCUAGAAAAGUGCCUGACUUACUUAAAUCAGAAUGCAUAUACAGCCACAGCUAUCAACAGCACCAACUUCUGCACCUCAGCAAAGGAUGCCUUUGUCAUUCUAGUGGAGAAUGCUCUGCGAGUGGCUGCCAUAAACACAGUGGGAGACUUCAUGCUGUUCCUGGGAAAGGUCCUGAUCGUUUGCAGCACAGGCUUGGCGGGGGUUAUGUUGCUGAACUACCAGCGGGAUUACACAGUGUGGGUGCUGCCUCUCAUCAUCGUCUGCCUCUUUGCUUUCCUGGUAGCUCAUUGCUUCCUGUCAAUUUAUGAAAUGGUUGUGGAUGUCCUCUUCUUAUGUUUUGCCAUUGAUACAAAAUACAACGAUGGAAGCCCUGGUAGAGAAUUCUACAUGGAUAAAAUUCUCAUGGAGUUUGUGGAGAACAGUAGAAAAUCAAUGAAAGAAGCUGGCAGGGGAGGUGGAGCUGAAGGCAGAGAGCUAAAACCAAUGGCCUCUGGAGCAAGUUCAUCUUGAAACUAGCCAGCCAUUAUGGAAUCCAUUGACAUUCCAAAACACUGUAUAUAAAUAAGCAGCCAAAAUCAGAAAAGGAACAGGGAUUUAAUACUUUUUUUAAUGAUUAUUUUUGUGAAACAUGUACUCUUUUCAUACGGGUGGCUUUUACAAGCAACUUUAUCAUUGUUCCUUUGUUUAAUCAUUGUGGUCAUGGAAAUGUUAAGAUUCUUAUCUGAUUAAGAUACAAUCUAGAGGAGGAUUCAGUUAUUUUUAAAAGAAAUUAAAUCAAGACUAUUGGUUAGAGUAUCAGGUUUAUCAGGUGUCCCUCAAAAUUGAAAUGUAACCAAGAAUUAUGUUUAAAUCAGCUCAUUUAGGAUUUUAUAUUUCAACUCAGAUGCAUCAGUGACUUCUGGGGAAAUGUUUCAGAGUUAAAAAACAAUUAAAAUUUUAGGUGUUUUUAAAAGGGUUUCAGUGAGAGUCAUAAUUAUAACUCAUUUGUAGUCAGUCAUUUUACCCACCAACCCUAAUGGGGCCUAGUGUUUUGUUUAUAAAUUUCAGAUAUCAAAAUAACCAACUCCUCAGGUAUUUAGAUGUUGUGGGAGCCCCUGCAUUUCUAUGAAAGAGAAACUAGACAAUGGGAAAGGAUGAGUUUUAUAUGCAACUGUUUUCCGUUUUACUUUAUUUUUCCCUUUGAGUUCAGUAGCCUCCUUUGCACUUCAUAAGGCUCCUUUGAAGGGUAUGGAUUCUCCAAACAAGCAGUUGAACAAACUGAUCAUUAAAACUCAGCCUUAGCCAUACUCCUCAUAACUCAUUCAUGACUAGAUAUAAGGAUGCUGGGCAUGGGGAGAGAAACAAACUGUACAAAGAGUAUUGUAAGUGGCUUUUAUUUACCUCCAGAGAGAUUUGGGAAGUGUAAAUGUAAAUGGCCAGGCCUUGGCUGUUUUCUCAUUCAUAUUAGUAUGUACUGUAGCCGGUGGGUAAAACAGAAGAGGGUAGAUAAACAUUUCUUCGGAAAUGACACUGCCAUGGGAUCGAAAGUUAUCCACUAACCAUAAGAUAACUUGUUCAUUUUAAUUCUUGAGUGUUUUAAAAUUUUCGUUCUUGAAGCUUACCAGAUAUGAAUGCUAAUACUCCAUUGUUCAGCUUAUUGUAAUGGUAAAUGCUUAGUGUAUUUGCUAAGAACUCAUGAUCUGUUCAUGCUAUAUACUCCUUUUUGUUACAAUUUUUUAAGAAAACUAUUUUUGUUAAUGUAAAGUAAAUAUUUCAGAGCAGAAUUUUUAAACUUAUUGCACUAAAUACAAGCUCUGUACGAAUAAAUAAUGCCUCAAUGGUUUGUUCACUCCAUACAAGAAAAUCUUUUGAAAGAGAGCAGCCCUUCCAGCUAAGCUUUGCAAAUGGAUUAAAGAGGGAUGUGUGGAGAAGCAUACGAUUAAUGCCACCAGGGUUUUAUCAGCAACUGUUUGCUUAUGUGCUUCCUUUCAAAGGAUCAGACCUUUAAACUGCUGCCGAAGGUAAAAGGCAUCCUGUAUUUUUUUAAUUAAUGAGUGCUCUUAACAGUUCCAGUGGUAGCGAACUACUUCUGUUUUGUUUCUAUAAGUCAUUUGAUACUUCAAUUUUUUCAGACUUCUUGCAAUAAAAAUCAGGAUUAAUAGAAGGAUUUACCCUUAUCAUAACACAAACGAAACAGUAUGAAUAUAAAUAAACUGUAGCUGUUUGAGGGCAAAAACUGGCUUAGGCUCUGAUCCUGCAAACACUUAUGCAACUGUGUAGCUUUAUUCAACGAAGUAGUUCCAUUGACUUCAAUAGGACUGCUCAUAGCUCAGUGGUUUGAGCAUUGGCCUGCUAAACCCGAGGUUGUGAGUUCAAUCCUUGAGGGGGCCGUUUAGGGAACUGGGGUAAAAAUCUGUCUGGGGAUUGGUCCUGCUUUGAGCAGGGGGUUAGAUUAGAUGACCUCCCGAGGUCCCUUCCAACCCUGAUAUUGUAUGUAAGUCAAGUUAUGCACCUGUGUAAGCAUUAACUGGAUCAGGGCUUUAGUCUGGGAUUUUAAUUGGAGCACUGGUUAGGUCUCUCAAUGUAAAUUACAUGCAUCUGUCAGGACGUCUCAGAGACAUUAGGGCAGCCUUCAUUUAUGCACAGAAGGAGUCUGCUGCAUCAACGGCCAGAAGUGCACUGGCUCAGCUGCAGCUCUGGAGUUUGGAGACUUAGAAUAUGUGCCGAGAUCAGUGGGGUUUGGCAGUGAGUUAAAUACUGGCUCGGCAGGAUCCUAGAAGCUAGAUUCCAAAGCUAAGAAAAGGAUUGUCAUGUACCUAGCUACUCCACAGAAACUGCAGCUUACACCCUGUUUCUGAAGACAUCAUUUGACUUCUCUGACGGAAGCCUUGGAUUCUGCUCACUUUGACCUAACAUCAUAUUCCUGCCAUGACAAGUUCCGCAACUUUGGGUUCUCUGCUCCCUGGAAGCCGUGGCGGGAGGGGGGGCUUUUCAGUUAACUUACAACUGGAACUGUAAUCAGAAACAAAGUUUGUAUUUUUGUAUAACUUGCCUGUGCACCAUUUUUAUAACAGGGCCUGUUUUACAAAUAAAUUGGUUUUAUUAUCACAGUGCGUAGAAGUUAUGGACAACGCUUUUGUAUGGGUAGCUGUAAUUUUCAAGUUAUCUAUCAUUAUAAAGUUCUUAAUCAAUUCAAGUGUACCAUUCCUUUGUGUAUGUACAGCAUGCAUAGCUUUUCAGUUACAAAGUAGGGUCAUGCCUUACUGAACUAUCACAAAUGCCCUGGCUGUUCAAAAGCAUUCCUUUCCCAUGCAGGCUUUCUAGUGGCACUUCAGUGUUUUGGAUGCUCUUUGAAACUUACUUUUGCAGCAGACUACAAGCUGCCCUCUUCCUUCCUAGUCCCUCCUUUGUGUGUGGAGAGAGAGGUGGAAAACAAGUCUCUAGAGAAAGUUGCUUGCAGAGCAAGUUUUAGAUGCUCGUUGCCUAUCCUGAUAAUGAGGGUAGUGGGAAUGUGAUUUCUCCUGCAGUAAUAUCUACACCUGGCAGCUGAGACGCUUGGCACUGCCAGUGAUAAAGGAUUUAGACACUUCCUCCUAUCUGGUUAUCAAAGUUAGUGUCAGUGCUACCAUUCCCUCCUGCACUGGGUGACGCUUACUGGUGAGGGGGUGGCUGAGAAGGAUAAAGCUGGGGAAGCCGUCUUCUUAGGAUGCCCCGACUCUUAAAAACUCUGCAUAAGCAAGAAGGAUUAGAGAGUCAGCCAGGUCAGCUUGGAUUUAAAAUCCUAGCCUGGGUGAAUGACAGCACAUUUGGAUUGUAGCACAUUAUGCAACAUAUUCCUAGCUUUGGUCACUUGGGCUUGAAAGACCAGAAUAGCUGUUUGCUACACUUCAGGUAGAGCCCGAGCAGUGUCGGGCCCUUCUCGCCUCUCCCUGUUCUUUAAGGACAAUGUGCUGGCCACAGGGAGAACACACUUACCUGCAGAAAAGCUCUCAUUUCUAUAUUUCUCUUUCAGCAUAGGGGCACCAAGCAGCUGCACGCCAGCAUGUGCCACUGACCUCAGCAUGUGCCAAGGGCAUCCUCGCCUCCCCAAGGCAGUGAUUCAGGAGAUCACCUGGACUAAAUGGGGUGAUUUAAGGUGCUUCCCCACCACUUAUCUCCUGCCCGAGACCAUUCCCUCUUCCUCACAGCAGUUGCAGUCAUUGCACUCUCCAUGUUUGGGAGGACAUACCGCCACCUGGGAGAUCUCAGCGCUGCUCCACAGCUAGCCUCUAAGCACGUGAUGCAUCCCCAGCCCCUGUUCUUAGUUUGAUUCCUGGGGUUGCAUUCAGCCCCGUGUGUGCCCAUUGGCAGGGCUGUCUUAUGUACCGCUUUCAUUUGGCUCUGUAGCUCGAGAGAGUCUUGUUGUUAGGUGUCUCUCUUCUUGGUCACACACUAAGUGGGGCUCACUCAACCUGGAAAAUCCAGUUAUGGGCUCAGCGCUAAUCUAGGGCUUCUCCAAUAGUUUCUGUACAACUCCCUCUGCUGGUGAUAGCUGCCUUUUGAAAGGGCUUUCCGCACAAUCAGCAACUCCCUUGCAACAAGAUGCCCCCUUUUUCUGAGGUGCACACUGGCUGGUGGCUCUCCCGAUGUAGAAUGGUAGAGACGAGAGUCCCAGCUGAGUCAAAUAUUCGACCAACUGAUCUGCCAGGAUUUGAGUUUCUUUUUAACGUGCCCUCAUGACAUGCACUUUAAUGGCUUGCUCUGAGCAGUUAAAAUGUAUUCUAUGAAUGUAUGUUGUGGAUUCAGAGUAAGAUGCAUAUAGCAGACUUCUGUAUAGUAUUUAAUCACCAAACAGUGAUCAUGCUGGUCUUCAUGCGUAUUACACAUUGCGUUGAGUGACAGUCAUUUAAGAAGUACUGUGGACCAGAUCUGAGAGUGGGUAUCUAACUUUAAGUGCCCAGUUUUGAAAGUCUUGACCUGUGCUUAUAUGGUCACUAUUUUCCUAAAUCGAAGCAUCAGUUCAUAAAGUGUGUGUUAGUAAUAGGUCCUGAGCUACAUCAUGGCUGAACAAAGCCUGUAGUUUCUCAAUGUAAUAAGCCCAAACCCAGCUCUAAAACUAACCGAUUUGUCUGAACCAUGGUGCACACUCUGAUAAGAGACAUUCGAUUAAGUCACUUUUAAAAACAAUGUCUUUGUUAACACUUGCUGUUUAUUAUUGCCUAUGGGCAGAGACUAGUACGUUUCUCUGUUUCAUAUGCUGUCUAGCCACUGUGUUCUCGAGCUGCUUUCCUUCGUGGAUAGAUUAGAGAGGGAUGGCGUCUCAACUUUUUUGUUUGUCGCCUGGGAUGUGUUAUGGAAAACAUUGAGAACUGUUGGUGUACCACAGUGUUGCAAAGUUUAGCUUCAAUGUAGCAAGAGAAUGCAACUAAGCCAAAACCAUUUUCAGUGACAUUCUAAAAUCACGAAAAUACUUUUCUAGUCACAUUAAGCUAUUUGACUCCAUUUAUUUUUUAAAUAGAUUUAGCCACCUAACAUUCUCUUUAAAGAAUGAAAUAGCAUUUGAACAAUUAAAACCCUUUGGGCAACUUUUCUCCCCAAAGGGGAAAACAUGCAAAUUAUAAUGUUCCAAAUAUACCUGUUCUCUACAGGAAAUUUCAGAGGAAUUGGAACAGAUAGUUGUCUGGAAUUUCCAUAGUGAAUCAGCCAAAAUCCUAUAAAAAUAGUUUGGUGGAACUUCUAUUAAAAAAACAAAUUACCAAGUACUAUGGGAUCAAAACCUGUUUGUCUUACUGCUGAAAUUAGUUCCAAUUGAUGUUCAAAUAAAUGAAGCAGGAUUUGAUCCUUUGGUAGAUUCUGUAGAAAUGUUGGACAUACCUUAACAAAGAACUAAGAGUGCUGCAGGGUUUUACAGCAGAACCACCACCAGUCUUGAAAACUGAACUGCAAUGCUUUAAAUAAAUUCAAAGAAUGCUUUGACCUCUGAGAUAUUUGAUGGAAGACAUGGGUAGAUUAAAUUACAAGCAGCAGACAGUUUAAAACUACCUUAAGGUUUUCUCUGCAGCAGUUAAAGGCGUCAUUGACCCCUAGCACAGCAAUGCCUGCAUUUAUUCUAGGCGGUACAGGUAUUAACUUGCACAAGAUGAGACAAUGCUUCUCUGGACAAGUAAGAAUGUGUUUUGCUGGGAUUUUCAGAAUUGUUUAGGAAUGCAAUUCCCGUUGAAAGUCAGAGGGAGUUUCAUACCUCACUCCGUUAGCCUCCUUUGCUCUUAAUGCAAAAAUACUUCUCUUACUAUAAUGUUGGGAUUGGGUAGAUCUUUACCAGGAGAGUGAGAGCCCAGGUGUAAGUUAGGGGACCUAUGCAGCGGAAAAAGGCCAGAGAGGCAGUCAGCAAGGUCUCUUCACUGUUGAGUAAUAUUCCUAACAAAGCAAUGCAACUUAACAUGAACAGAAUAAAAAGAAGCCUCCAACCCUCCUUCCCUGGAACAUCUGUGCAAAAAGAAGGGGAAAGCUGAGCUGCAGUUAACACUUGGUUUGCUAGGAGCCAGGUAAUCACCCUAUGCCGGUCACCCCAGGAUUAUUCAUGUUUGUCAACAGCUCCUAGUUUACAGGCUUAGCCUGUUCCCAGUGAAGUCAAUGGGAGUUUCACCCUUAAAUGUAGUGUGAGCAGAAGCAGUCUCUGACUCCACCUCCUUAGACAGAUAGGGGAAGAGACCUGUAUACCCUCAGCCCCACAUGCUCUCUCCUGGGUGAGUGGUGCAUCGUAAAGCAAAUCUAAGUGGUGCUUGGUUUACAAGAAGUCUUAUUUCCUUCCUGCCAUUUUGAAGGAAGUUCUCUUUGUAAUAGACUCAUUAGACCAAGGCUCUGGCUGAGUUACUGAAGUCCUCAAAUAUCGAUUUAAAGACUUCACAUUAUAGAGAAUCUACCAUUUACUGUAGUUCAAACAAAAGUGCCCCAUGCUGCAGAGGAAGGAGUCUCUGCCAGUCUGCCCUGGGGAACAAUUCCUUCCCAACCCCAAAUGUGGCAAUGAGUUAGACUUCAGAUGCCUUAUCUAUUUUACAAGCUGGAAGCCCUAGAAAAGAUGAGCUGAGGGAAUGGAUGGUAAAACGUAGAUACACCCUAGCACAGUUAUGUCACAAGGUGUUCCCAUCCUGCACCACAAAGAUUGGGAAGCACUGGCUGGCUGGUGAGCCUCCCUGACAUGCUCAGGGUCUAAGAUGGGUCUCUAGUGCACCCAACCACGGUAAAGUAGGGGAUACAUCUUGCUUCAACAGGGCUGAUUUUUAACAGGUAAGGAAACAGAUGAUUGGCACAUGUUUAAUUUUAGGGACGAUGCGGGGUCUGGGGGAGAAUAAGGGGAGGGGGAGGCGCUCUGCGAAGUAGUACUGCACUUACGUUUUCUAACACUCGUUCUUACAGGGCCAGCCCUGCAGCUGGUGUAAAUGUUGCUCGACAGACAAUGGCGUUUCACUGAUUUACAGCAGCUGAGGAUCUGGCCUACAGCACUGUCAGGUCCACACUCAACAUGUAGGCUGCAGGCGUUGCCCCCUGGCUUCACUGUGAUUAAAACAAGCAUGUCUGUGAGCCAGGAGCAGAGAGUGAUGGUAGAAAGCAGGUAGCUGGAAGGGGACAUGUCUCCAGAACAGCAGUGGAUUAGAACGACACAUGGCCCAGAUCCACAACUUAGCUACCUCCUUCCUCUCCAUAAUAGCCUCCAGUUUCCUUCCUCAAAGCCUGAGUAGUGUGUGCUAUGCACCGGGGUUUCAGCAUCUAGCCCCUGGCUGUGUCCACCUUCCCUUACAUCGGAGUGGGCCCCGAGGGGGCAGCCUGGACCCAGGGUGUGUCUAGGAAUCCUACAUUGGCAGCAGAUGGCAGCCAUCAGAUGAGUGCUCUGCUGCUUGCUGUCCACUAACUCAUUGCUGCUUACUCUCAAUAUUGCAAGGGCCCUGCCUUAAUCCUCCCCUGCUACCUAACCAAACUGGUUGGCCCUUGGAACAGAACAGUAAACAGAAUUUUACUUACUUUGUCAAUAGACAUUGACAAAGGUUGGCUGAAGCCCUUCACAGCUGAGUUUCAUAUGCAUAAAGAGGUCAGAAUAUAGCCUACAGACCCUUCUUAGUGGCUUAGAAAGCAUGUGUACCGUUGCAGAGUUCGGCAAGUGUUGGUUUUCCUCUUUUACUUUUAGCAAGUAGGCAAGGUGCAGCCGUCUACCAGCAGAUUGGCAUUAUUUUUGUACUGUUUGGACUGUAUCUCAGAUAGUUACUAUAUUUGAUACCGAAAAAGUGGGGAAUCAAAAUCUGUUUGGAAAUAACUGGUUUUACAGACCAAACAUGGCUUAAGUACUUGCAGAUGGCAUUGUUACAGUCUUUACCACUACUUCAUCCUGGUGCAGGUUCUUCAUCCAGAUCAUGCAUACUUCUAAUAAGGGGAUCAAACCCAAGGAAUGUAUUAGCAAUUAAUGUUGAAUCUUGCUGGUCCAUUUACUAAGAAGUGCGCGUCUUUCCAAUGGAAUGCCACCUUUUGGAAUAAAACUACUUAACGUGACACUGUUUAUUGUUGUCUGAGAACCUGAAACGUGUUGUAAUGAAAAUUGUAAAUGGUGGAGGGGAAGGGAAAUUAACAGUUCUGAUCUAAUAUUAGAUUUUCUGUGUAAACUGACUGUGGCAGAAUACUGAUGCAAACUGUAUUUUAGUCUAACAAAUGUAUAGAAUUUUUUUAUGUAUCAGAAUAAAGUUUUAUAGGAAAGACUU